UUAAGAAAAAUGACCCGGAAGUAAAAUCUCUUAUCGGCAUUGUUGCCUUUUUCUUUUCCGGUCAGGUCUACCCGAGUGGGAGCGUGUGUCUUGUCACCGAGGCGCACAAAAACAACAAAAAUGAGCGUCCCGGCAUUCAUCGAUAUAACGGAAGAUGACCAGGCUUCCGAGUUGAGAGCCUACAUUAAGUCCAAAGGAGCGGAAAUCUCCGAGGAGAACUCUGAAGGUGGACUUCACGUCGACCUGGCUCAGAUCAUUGAGGCUUGUGAUGUUUGUCUCAAAGACGAUGAUAAAGAUGUGGAGAGUGUGAUGAACAGCAUCGUAUCGCUGCUGUUGAUCUUGGAUGCAGAGAAGCAAGAAGCUCUCAUCGAGAGUCUGUGCGAGAAACUAGUCAAAUUCCGUGAAGGAGAGAGACCUUCCCUCAGGAUGCAGUUGCUCAGUAAUCUGUUCCAUGGCAUGGAUGAAAAUGCUCCAGUCAGGUAUACAGUCCUAUGCAGCCUCAUCAAGGUGGCAGCCACCUGCAAUGCCAUCGCCUUCAUCCCCACUGACCUCGACCAGGUGGCCAAGUGGAUUGUAGAUUGGAACCUGAAUACAGAGAAGAAGCACACUCUUUUGAGGCUGGUGUACGAAGCACUGGUGGACUGCAAAAAAAGUGAGGCUGCGGCCAAAGUGAUGGUGGAGUUGCUGGGAAGUUACACAGAAGACAAUGCAUCUCAAGCGCGCGUUGAUGCCCACAGAUGCAUUGUCCGAGCCCUUAAAGACCCCAACACUUUCCUGUUUGACCACCUGCUCACUCUCAAGCCAGUUCGCUUCUUGGAAGGAGAGCUCAUACACGACCUGUUAACUAUAUUUGUAAGUGCAAAGUUGGCUUCCUACGUCAAGUUUUACCAGAAUAACAAAGACUUCAUUGACUCUCUCGGCCUGUCCCACGAGCAAAACAUGGCCAAGAUGCGUCUGCUCACAUUCAUGGGCAUGGCAGCGGAAUUCAAGGAGAUCUCCUUUGAAACCAUGCAACAGGAGCUGCUGGUUGGAGAAGAUGAUGUUGAAGCGUUCGUUAUUGAUGCUGUUCGGACAAAGAUGGUCUACUGCAAAAUUGAUCAGACUCAGCAACAAGUUGUUGUCAGCCACAGCACAUACCGUACCUUCGGCAAGCAGCAGUGGCAGCAGCUGUUCGAUAGCCUCACCUCCUGGAAAGCCAACCUAGCAACCGUCAAGUCCAGCCUGCAAACUCUGUCACCUUCCGCCUAAAUUCCACCUUCACCCUAUCUGUCAACUGCCCAACCCUUGGAUUCCUUCUUUCACAACUGCUCCCUCAGCUUUUAUACUCAUCCAAUAAAAGAACAGUGGAGAUCAA